UGCAUUUACAUGGAAUUUUAGUUCUCCCCGGAGAAAUCAGACAGAGGAAGAGCGCCGUCGAAGAACAUUGCAGCGAUGGGUUCAACGGCCGCCCUUAAAGAACUACAGAGAGACCUUGAGAACAAAGCCAACGAUCUCAGCAAACUCCAAAAAGAUAUUGCGAAGAAUCACCAAGUCCGAAAGAAGUACACUAUUCAGCUCGGAGAAAACGAGCUCGUGCUAAAGGAAUUGGAUCUGUUGAAUGAGGAUGCGAAUGUUUACAAGUUAAUCGGGCCAGUGCUAGUGAAACAGGACUUGGCCGAAGCAAAUGCCAAUGUUCGCAAGCGAAUAGAUUACAUCUCUGCCGAAUUGAAGCGUUUGGAUGCCACACUCCAAGAUUUAGAAGAAAAGCAAAACAGCAAGAAAGAAGCGAUUUUUAAGGUACAACAAAGAAUUCAGUCUCUCCAGGCUGGAAAAGGCAAAGCAUAACAUGCCCGUAUUAUCACGAAAAUUCUGCAGUUCUACUGUUGACAUGUCGAGGCACAAAUAUGAUCCCACUUUUUUGAGUGGCUUAAUGUCGUGAUCGCCUAUGAUCAUAUUCUAGGUUGUUAAAGUGUAGUUUUUGUGUUCAAUUUCCAUUUUGCAUUCAGUUGAUGUAAGGGCUGCUGAAGUUGAUGAAUUUUUUUUUACUUUUAUGCUUGUUUGGUUGUUAUAGAUCUUGGUCUCUGAACAUCAAUUGAAUGUCAUAUACAUCGCGAGAAAUUACUUGGCUCUUGUUACUAAAUAUAUUAGGAUUGGAUAGCA